UAUAAAAAGAGGAAAAGUGGGAAAGAGAAGAGUUUUCCCUCCGCAAUCGAAAAUGGCCGAUUUCUCAGCUUGCCCUAUCUGUAAUCUCAGAGUUGUAACCCAUGAACUGGAGAGGCACGCUAAUAGUCACUUCGACGACGAAGACAUUGCCAAAGACUUCGAAUUGGCUCAAGAAAUUGCCCUUGCCCCUUCAAGUCCACCUUAUAUCCCGGUUGAUGAUGACAUGCAGUGUGAAACUAGUUAUCGAAAGAAUCAGGAUAGUAGUUCUUUGAAGUGUGAGGCUAAAAAUUGCAAUCCUGGAGAGAAAGAUAUUGCUGAAAAAAUAAGGAUUUUAUCUAGUGUGCGCCUUAAUGAAGCCUGUCCUCAGAUUGGACAAGGCUUGAUGGAUUUGUUGAAGAACUGCUUAGAGUUGGAGACUGAAAAGACCACCACUAUUUUGUGUGGUAACGUUGAUCAUUUCCAAAGCAACCAUUCAGAGGAUUUUGGGUGGGGUUGUGGCUGGCGUAAUAUCCAGAUGCUUAGUUCUCACUUGCUUAAGCAGCGGCAAGAAGCAAGGGAGGUCUUGUAUGGAGGUUCUGGGUUUGUACCUGACAUCCCUUCACUCCAAAGAUGGCUUGAAAUUGCUUGGGAAAGAGGCUUUGAUAAACAGGGCUCAGAAGACUUUGAUCAAGCGAUUUAUGGCAAAAGAAAUUGGAUUGGAGCAACAGAAUGUGCUACGCUCUUCCGUUCAUUUGGCCUUCGUGCCAGGAUAGUGGACUUUGUAAGCAGGGAGAUAGACAUUAGGUCAAGUGGAGUUGGUAAAUGUGCGGGCAUCAUGGAACCACAGGUUUAUGGACCAAUGGAUAGAUAUCUGUCCAAAGGGAAAAAUGAUGUAUCUGAGGCUGUUUCGAUUUCAUAUGAUGUAAAAGCUAAGCCUAAGGUCCAGCAGGCACUCAUUGAUUGGGUGUGGAAUUACUUCUCUGACAAUAAAUCCAGGAAACCCGGCAAUCAUGGUAUCCUAGUCAGUGAAAAAGCGCCGUUGUACUUCCAGCAUGAUGGCCAUUCAAGAACCAUUGUUGGGAUUCAAACUAAAUGUCAGAGAAAUGAAUCGAUGCAGUACAAUCUAUUGAUCUUAGAUCCAGGUCAUACAACAGAAUCCCUGGCUAAAUCUCUUAAAGGAAACUUCGGUUGGCAAAAGCUAAUAAAAAGAGGUGUCCACACUCUAAAGAAGCCAUUAUAUCAGUUAUGUUUUCUUGAUUCUGGAAUUGCCUCCGGGGAGCAGAUUGAAAGCCUAAAGAAUCUACACAGCAUCCGUGUUGAAUUUUAGUCCUAAAAUCCAAAGGAUGUAAACUUGAAUUUCACAGUUUUUUAAAGGAGUGCUCUUAGCUUGCAUGUAUUAAUUAUGUGUACUGUCAUUUUGGAGAUGAAAUAUAGGUUAAACUGUUUUACCAUA